AUGCCGGAGAAUGCCACCGCACUAGAUGCCAGAGAAUGCCACUCACCUCGUCCCCAGGGCGCAGAACGGCAUAGAGGGCAGCAGCGAUGGCGUGUGUGCCUGAGAAGAACUGGAGGGCGGGAGGAAGGGAAGAAGGAGGGCAGUGGCGAAGAGGGGAAACGAGAGGGAUUUGCCGUGAAACCAUGGAGGGCAGGAGCAAUGGCAACUGGAGGGAGGGAGGAAGGGAAGAAGGAGGGCAGUGGCGAAGAGGGGAAACGAGAGGGAUUUGCCGUGAAACCAUGGAGGGCAGCAGCAAUGGCGUGUGUGCCUGAGAAAAACCGGAGGGAGGGAGGGUUGAAGAGGGGAAGGGGCGAAGAGGGGAAAACGAGGAAAGCAGGAAACGGGAGGGAUUUGGCGUGCAAAGAUGGAAGGCAGCAGCGAUGGCGUGCAACCAUGGAAGGCAGCAGCGAUGGCGUGCAACCCAUGGAAGGCAGCAGCGAUGGCGUGCAACCAUGGAAGGCAGCAGCGAUGGCGUGCAACCAUGGAAGGCAGCAGCGAUGGCGUGCAACCAUGGAAGCAGCAGCGAUGGCGUGCAACCAUGGAAGGCAAGCAGCGAUGGCGUGCAACCAUGGAAGGCAGCAGGCGAUGGCGUGCAACCAUGGAAGGCAGCAGCGAUGGCUGUGCAACCAUGGAAGGCAGCAGCGAUGGCGUGCAACCAUGGAAGGCAGCAACGAUGGCGUGCCAACCAUGGAAGGCAGCAGCGAUGGCGUGGCAACCAUGGAAGGCAGCAGCGAUGGCGUGCACAUGGAACGUGCAACCAUGGAAGGCAGCAGCGAUGGUGUGCAACCAUGGAAGGCAGCAACAAUGGCGUGCAACCAUGGAAGGCAGCAGCGAUGGCGUGCAACCAUGGAAGGCAGCAGCGAUGGCGUGCAAACCAUGGAAGGCAGCAGCGAUGGCGUGCAAACCAUGGAAGGCAGCAACGAUGGCGUGCAGCCAUGGAAGGCAGCAGCGAUGGCGUGCAACCAUGGAAGGCAGCAGCGAUGGCGUGCAACCAUGGAAGGCAGCAGCGAUGGUGUGCAACCAUGGAAGGCAGCAACAAUGGCGUGCAACCAUGGAAGGCAGCAGCGAUGGCGUGCAACCAUGGAAGGCAGCAGCGAUGGCGUGCAACCAUGGAAGGCAGCAGCGAUGGCGUGCAACCAUGGAAGGCAGCAGCGAUGGCGUGCAGCCAUGGAAGGCAGCAGCGAUGGCGUGCAACCAUGGAAGGCAGCAGCGAUGGCGUGCAACCAUGGAAGGCAGCAGCGAUGGCGUGCAACCAUGGAAGGCAGCAGCGAUGGCGUGCAUGUCUGA